AGAACGAAACCAUAAGAACCCUAUCCAUCUGAGGCAUGAUUCCCCAGCAGACCCCGCCCGAAUCGGACCGCCAGGCCGCGGCCAUGCCGCCCGCCGCCACGGCUGCGGCGGCGACUGCGGCUGCGCAGACGAUCCAGCCCUCCUCCCCGCGCUACUUCUUCUCCUCCGCCGCCGCGGCGAGCCCUUCCGCCGGGUCGCACCGGCGGAUCGCGAUUGCCGUCGACCUCUCCGACGAGAGCGCCUACGCCGUGAAGUGGGCCGUCCAAAACUACCUCCGCCCCGGGGAUGCCGUGAUCCUUCUCCAUGUCCGGUCCACCAGCGUCCUCUACGGCGCCGACUGGGGCUCUAUCGAUCUCUCGGUGUCGGCCGCGGCGGCCGUGGCGGAGGAGGCCGACUCCGAAGAGUCGCAGCAGAAGCUGGAGGACGACUUAGACGCCUUCACGACCACCAAGGCCCAGGACCUUGCCCAGCCACUCGUGGAGGCCCAAAUCCCCUUCAAGAUCCACAUCGUCAAGGACCACGACAUGAAGGAGAGGCUCUGCCUCGAGGUGGAGAGGCUCGGCCUUAGCGCCGUCAUCAUGGGGAGCCGGGGAUUUGGGGCCUCCCGGAGGACAAGCAAGGGAAGGCUCGGGAGCGUCAGCGACUACUGUGUCCACCACUGCGUUUGCCCCGUUGUGGUCGUCCGGUACCCUGAUGAGGGGUCCGGCGCUGGAGCGGGGGCCGGGAGCGUCGCCGACGGUGGAGGUGUGGUGGGGGUCAGGGGGACUCUGGAGAAGGAGGCAGAGUUGCAUCCGGUGCCGGAGGAGGAGCAGGAGUACCACGAUGCCUCUGAUGAGCAGAAAGAUUCUUGAUGAGUGUUGUCUGGGUUGUUGCGUGGUCCUCUUGAAUCCAGAUCUAACUGAUGAGGUAUUUUGUUUUUCGUUAAAGAAAGCGAAAAGCCAUGAAUCAAAUGGAGGGAACUAGCUUGAGGUUUUUGUGGAGGGGACUCCGCUAUGUGUCCAAGUGGUGCUAGUGUUACUGCUAUCCCCUGUUUCACUUGUCAAUUGCCUCUUGUAAACUGGAUGAAUGAUGAGUAUCUUUACUUUUGGGUUGGAUUGUCCUAGGUCAUCCAAAGGUUUACUGCUUUCUCCUGUGAAACAAUUAUGCUGUUGAAACGUUGCCCUGCUGUAAUGUUUGUCUCUCGUUUGAACAUGUACUUUUAGUUGGUGCACACUUGUUACUUGUAUAGUUAUCUGUUUCUUCCUUAUUGCCAAAAUGGCUACUGACGAUA